AUGUCUAUCGUUUCACUUGCAGACACAUCCCUUGACUCGGAUAUCACCCGAGACAAGAUAGAAGAGCUUGCCGGUAGGCUUAGCAUCCGACUCGGCCAUGGCCAAGAUGCCAAAGAUUACUUGCUGCUUUUACAGUCCUUCGAAGAAGUCAUGAAGCACGUUGACCAGAUGUCGGAUUACACUCACCCUGCUCUCCAGUCUCAGCCCGUCUUGGGGAGCCGUCAAUUCCGGAAACCAACGGCCGAGGAGAACCCCUUUAACGCUUGGAGUCAUCGAUGCAACCUCGUCUCAGCACAGCCAGAUAACCGACUUCUUGGCGGCCUGACUGUUGCUGUCAAGGACAACAUUUCGGUCGGUGGGCUGGCAACGACGCUCGGGACCUUUUCCUCCCUAUUUUCUGAUGACGGGACGCAUCCCGUCUCGGAAAUAGAUUCUACAGUGGUCUCUAGAAUCCUCAGGGCCGGCGCUGAAAUCAAAGGGACGUCUACUUGCGAGAGCUUCUGUGCAUCUCCCUUGUCAUUCACCUCAGCAACUGGCCCCAUCCACAACCCCCUCCUCCAUGGGUAUACCGCUGGUGGCAGCAGCAGUGGGUCCAGCGCUCUUGUUGCUGCACACGCCUUGGCCCGUGGCCGAGAUGGAAGUUGGGGCAGCACGGUACGGAUAGCCAUAGGAAGUGACCAGGCUGGAUCAGUCCGUAUACCUGCUUCCUUCAACGGCAUCUACGGCCUGAAGCCUACGUUUGGCUUGGUGCCAUACACUGGCGCGGCGUCCAUGUCGCCAAUGAUAGAUCAUAUAGGACCUCUCGCAUCCAGUCUCGAUGACAUUGCCGCGUUGCUCGAGGUUAUGGCCGGGUACGAUGGUUUGGAUCCUCGGAUGACGCCUGAAUCACCUCUGCGCCAUCAGGUUAAGAGAUACUCUCAGAUCUUGACAGAUUUCCGAGCGACGCUGGGUACAGCCCCUAGAGACUCUCCUCCGCUACGAGUCGGUCUGUUGAGCGAAUCCUUUCUUAUGCCUGGUGUCGCCCCCGCAGUCCGCGACACAGUCCUUGAAGCGGCCAGUCUCUACUUCCGAGCUGCGGGUGCAACUGUCGUGGACGUAUCAGUACCCAUGCACCUUGAUGGCCCUGUGAUCUGGACAGCAUCGACAAGGCCAUCCAUGUCUGAAUGGAUGUGCAAGGGAAAGACGUCUGGCCACCUCACUCACCUGCCGCCCCAUAUCAAGCCUAGAUGGCCUCCUACCCAGGAUACAUACCAGCUGCUGACCUCAUCCAACCCAGCCGUUGUCAACAUUAUCCUCAGCGGGCAACUUGCAGAGACUGACCUUGAACCAGGGUUGGAGGCAAAGGCUCAUCGAAAGGUCUUUGAGCUUCGAGCAGCUUACGAUCGGGUGUUGGAAGAUGUCGACGUCCUAGUAGCCCCGUGUGCAUCAAGUGUCGCAAUGCCCCAUCCCGACCUGUCUACGGGUGGAGAAGAGGGAUCACACAUCCUGGAGAAGCUAUCCAUAGCCAUCGGCUUGACGAGCAACACGUGUCCGUUCAACGUAACAGGGCAUCCCUCGUUGAGCGUACCUUAUGGGUUUUCCAGCCCUCAAGACCAGCCGGGGGCCCGCCUGCCCAUCGGCAUGCAAAUCAUUGGACGACGCUGGGAUGAUGAGCAGGUGAUUAAGGCAGCGGCAUUGUUUAAAUGGGGCCGUGAAUUGAAGUCGAUGUAA